CGUGCUCCACCCAAAAACCAGUCAAGUCAAGUCAUCAUCAACCGUACACGAAACAGAGAGAUCUUCGACUUUGUGUCCUAUUGUCGUCUGCUUCCUCAACACUUCCCUUUCUUUCCAACUCACUAGCCUAACUUCAGUUUCACAUAUCAACACUUCCUCUGUCCAAUUAUAUCCCUGUCUGAAUUGUUCCCUAAUCUUUCAUCCAAUGGAAGGGAACCUCUUACGUGGAGAACAUGCAGUAGAGAUGAUCGAGAAUACAGUCACAGAAGAAGCUUCUUCAUCAGUGGUGGAGCCUUUCAUCGGUAUGGAUUUUGAAUCAGAAGAAGCUGCGAAGUCUUUUUACGACAGUUACGCCACCCGCACCGGUUUUGUUAUGAGAGUGGAUGCUUUCAGACGGUCAACGCGAGAUGAUGGGACAGUAGUGUGGCGCAGGCUCGUGUGUAACAAAGAAGGGUUCCGCAGAUCGAGACCUAGGAGAGACGAGAGCAGGAAGCCUAGGGCUAUCACAAGAGAAGGUUGUAAGGCUUUGAUCGUGGUGAAAAAAGAAAAAUCCGGUAAAUGGACUGUCACCAAGUUUGUGAAGGAACAUAACCAUCCUCUCUUGUCUCUACUUACUAAUAAUAACGGUCGCCGGAGUUCACAGAUCUCUCAAACACCGAACGAGAAAGACGCAAAGAUUCGAGAACUUAGCACAGAGCUGAGCCGUGAAAGAAAGCGUUGUGCUACGUUGCAACAGCAGCUUGAUAUGGUCCUAAACGUGAUGGAAGAACACUCUAAUCAUCUCUCCAUUAAUAUCAAUAACGUUAUCCAAAAUGUAAGAGAAAUAGAGUCCAACACUUUCACCAAACUCCCCAGCUAAAUAAAAAAACAAACACAAAGAUUCAAUUCUACGUGUAUAUUUUCCCACGAGAACUAUCGUAUAUUGAUAACGAUAUUUUCUCACAAAGAUUCAAUUCUACAUCUCUCCAUUAGUAUCGAUAACGACUAUCUAUUUUCCCACGAGAA